GUGUUGUGUCGAAACGGCCCACAGUCGUUACGGAAGCGUGACAGUGAAACUUCUCCAAGCUCAAGUGUGUGCAGUCGGUUAAGAUAUUAGAAAACACUUGAUUCAACGAACCGAUGGCAUCUUCCCCUGCCUGUACAAUCUCGUUCGAUGACAAUUUUCACGGUGUAUUCUUUGCCGGCCAGAAGUUUACUGGCACGGUCGAUAUCGAUCUUCCUAAAACAAAGAAAGUGAAAGGAAUUUCAUUAAAAGUUACCGGACUAGCCAGUGUCCUGUGGACAGAAACCUACGGCACAGGCACAACGAUGGUAUUCCAGGGACGGGAAGAUUUUCUCAACCAUACAGUGGUCUUUGUACACUCCGAAACGGAUGAACCGAUAGUAAUGGAGCCGGGACGUCAGGUUUACAAGUUUGCUCUGCAGCUGCCAAACACGCUGCCCACAUCCUUCGAAGGUGAUUACGGUUACAUCCGCUAUACGGCUCGGGUCAUCUUCGAGCGGCCGUGGAAAUUCGAUCUCACCUAUAAAAUUGCGUUCACCGUCGUGCACCAGCUUAACCUCAACACCAUCUCGCCCCCAUUGAACGUACCUGUCGUGCAAGAGCACAUCAAGCACUUUUACUGUGGUCCAUGCCGGUCCGAGCCACUCACUAUCACCGUGAAGCUGCCGAUGACGGGAUACGUCCCGGGACAGUUUAUUCUCGUCACGGUGGACAUUUCGAACGGAAGCAAUAAGUGUAUUGCUGAAGUGAAGCUCAAGCUUCGCCGACAGGUACGAUACAGUAGCAAAACGCCCUACCAGCAGAAACGAACGGUCUACAACACGCUGGCCAAGUUUCAAUGCAGUGGUGUCGAUGCCAAGGGAUCGGCCGGAUACGAAAGACGGUUUCUAGUACCCUCGGAACCUCCGACGCGCAGCGACACUAUCAUUCGGCUCGAGUACUUUGUGGAGGUGACAGCCAAGGUGCUGGGGAUGGCCUACAGUCCCGAGGUGCAAAUUCCUGUGAUGAUCGGUACCGUGCCACUAAUGAACCUCAACCAACGACAACAGAGGGCGUCCAUUGUUGAGGCCCACAUGACGACUGCAUCGACCUUAACUCGAAAAAAUUUUCACGGUAGUGUGCCAUCGCUCAUCAUUCCUCACACAUUUGAAAAAUCUGCUGGGCGAGCCGAUGUCAACAUUCAGGAUGAUGACGAGGCCCCGACGCUGGGCGCAGUUCCCUUUACACCGCGCUAUCCAAUGUUCCAUUUCGACGUAGAUGAUAAACCUGUUACGCACAGUGGAGCACACCCUGCGCAUCACGUACAGACGGCACUGAGCUACAAACACGAAAAACUGCCACCAAAAAAACCGACAACGAUGGACAGAUAGCUGGAUUAAUACUGAUAAGCUGACCGAUUGCCGAGAGACACUGUGCCAAUUCCGUAUGUAAGAGACUUCUAUUUACCUAAAACAAACAUCAGCACCCAAUGAUACUAUCUUCAAUGUGAUGUAUGUUAAGAGAUUCUUGAUCGUAAAGCAGCUACUGGGUAAGGGGUUUAUUUAGCACGUGUUAGAUAAGCUAUGAUAUGCUAUAAUAAGAUUCAUUAAUCAAUUUAAGAAUAGAUACUUGACAGCUUGUAUUACGUACUUGGCAGCUUGUAUUACGUACUUGACAACUUGUGGACGACUGCGGUCAAGGAAAGGCAACAUAACAGGUCAACAGCGCACUCAAUCUUUCUUCCUACUUGAUUAUUCGAGAAUGACUUUUUUAGUGUAAAAACAUAGCGAAAACUUCACAUAAAGCAAUAAAUAAUACCAAAAACACGUUGUUAGCAC